AUGGCACUGGCAACUGCAGCCAAGAAAUGGAUGGACGACAGAGCGGAACGCAAGAAGGCCGAGGACACAGACCGCCGGGUCGCAACUAUCCAACACAAGCUACUCGCCACAGGGUGUAAUCUUCAUGAUAUCGACGCUAUCAGUGGCCACCACCUAGUCAAAACAUGCGCCCCAUUGAAAGAAUUAGAUUGGGCUUACCACGUUCUCCCACAGCUCAAAGUCGUAAUCGACGAAGACAGGCGCGCCCGCAUGUUUGAAGGUCAUUUAUUGGACCACGUUAUGACCUACCGUGUGACCCUUGUCAAAUCUUUCUUCUACAACUUACUAUCCUCCGUCGCAUCCAAAAGGCGGGAUCUUCCCGACCCUCAAACCGUUUGCCUCCUACCCAUAUGCGCCGACCUUAUCAUCCUACCUGAUAACAUACCGGUAACUGAACAAACUUUGAUCAUCAAUCGGGCUGCCAUCGUUCGGGACCUCAGAGCUUGGGUACAGGAAGAGCGUCGACGACUCUUCGAGGCCUUCGUCGAAGGACGUCAUCGACUUGUCGUAGCCGCUGUUGGGCUCGGAUUGCUGAAGGAAUUCCUGCCCUUGGUUACGGGGUGGUGCCUCAACAACGCAUGCCACGAAUUGGCCGUGGCCCAAUUCACCUGCCAACAGUGCGGGACACUCUGCCCCAGCGCCAGAGGAGCCAUCAGACAUCUCAACAACGCCUAUUUUUGUAAACCCAGUGCAGACCUAGCGGGGAAAAAGUUCACUUUCACGCCGACGAGCACCGCUAUACACCUCUUGAUUUUGUGCGGUCUUUCGGUGAUGACCACCACUGCCGACCAUCUGGACCAAUACGAUACCUCAUUCAAAUGCCUCAACUGUUAUACAGACUACGUUCAUGUUGGGAAGUGGCGGACAUGUAUUGAUCAUCACGACCGUUAUCAUGGUGCUACCGUUCCCAGAUUCGAACCCGUCACGAAAUCAGAGGAUCGGAAUGAAAGUCGUCAUUGGGCAUGCGCUAGGUGUUCGGUAUUCUACUCAGGUACUCGGAGAGAGGUAGUAGAGCUACACGCGAAAGAGCUUCACGGUGUGAAACGCCCACGAGUCCCUGGAGACUUGGUUUAUAUUGAGCAAUAA